CCACCGGAAACCCUUGUAUUAGACGGGUUCGGGAGGCCGGAAAUUGCGCUCUCUCUACUCGCCGUUUCAAAAUGCUGCUGAGGCCUUAGGGCCUGUGACUGGCGCCCCCUCCCCCCACGCGGGCUCGGCGGGGGAGCGACUCAUGGAGCGGGCUUAAGAUUUAUCAGCAGACGGCAAUUUCUUCACUGCCAAAAUGACCUCACUUUCCACCUCUGCCCAGUGUUCAACUUCUGACAGUGCUUGCAGGAUCUCUCCAGAACAGACCAAUCAGGUACGACCAAAACAGCCACUUUUGAAGAUUUUGCAGGCAGCAGGUGCACAAGGAGAAAUGUUCACUGUUAAAGAGGUCAUGCAUUAUCUCGGCCAGUACAUAAUGGUGAAGAAGCUUUAUGAUCAGCGGGAGCAGCAUAUGGUGUAUUGUGGCGGAGAUCUUUUAGGAGAACUGCUAGGACGUCAGAGCUUCUCCGUGAAAGAUCCAAGCCCUCUCUAUGAUAUGCUAAGAAAGAAUCUUAUCACUUUAGCCUCUGCUACUACAGAUGCUGCUCAGACUCUCGCUCUCGCACAGGAUCACAGUAUGGAUAUUCCAAGUCAAGACCAACUGAAGCAAAGUGCAGAAGAAAGUUCCAAUUACAGGAAAAGAACAGAAGAAGGCAAUAUUCCUGCACUGCCUACCUCACAUCAUAAAUGCAGAAGUUCUAGAGAAGAUGAAGACUUCAUAAAAAACUUAACCCAAGAUGAGACAUCUAAGCUGGACCUUGGGUUUGAGGAGUGGGAUGUAGCUGGGCUGCCUUGGUGGUUUUUAGGAAACCUGAGGAGCAACUAUACACCUAGAAGUAAUGGCUCGACUGAUUUACAGACAAAUCAGGAUAUAGGUACUGCCAUUGUUUCAGACACCACAGAUGACUUGUGGUUUUUGAAUGAGUCUGUAUCAGAGCAGUUUGGUGUGGGAAUAAAAGUUGAAGCUGCAGACACUGAAGAAACAAGUGAAGAAGUAGGGAAAGUAAGAGACAAAAGGGUGCUUGAAGUGGGAAAAAAUGAUGACCUUGAGGACUCUAAGUCCCUAAGUGACGAUACUGAUGUGGAAGUUACCUCUGAGGAUGAGUGGCAAUGUACUGAGUGCAAGAAAUUUAAUUCUCCAAGCAAGAGGUACUGUUUUCGUUGCUGGGCGUUGAGGAAGGAUUGGUAUUCGGAUUGUUCUAAGUUAACCCAUUCUCUCUCCACGUCCGAUAUCACUGCCAUACCUGCUGAAAAGAAGGAAAAUGAAGGACUUGAUGUCCCCGAUUGCCGGAGAACCAUAUCAGCUCCAGUUGUGAGACCUAAAGAUGUAUGUACAAAGGAAGAAAAAAACCCCAGACUUUUUGAUCCUUGCAACUCGGUGGAAUUCUUGGAUUUGGCCCACAGUUCUGAAAGCCAAGAAACAAUAUCAAGCGUGGGAGAGCAAUCCGAUAACCUUUUUGAACAGAGAACAGAUGCAGAAAACAUGGAGGAUUGUCGGAAUCUCUUGAAGCCAUGUAGUCUGUGUGAGAAGAGGCCACGAGACGGGAACAUUAUUCAUGGGAGGACAGGGCAUCUUGUCACUUGUUUUCACUGUGCCAGAAGAUUAAAGAAGGCUGGGGCUUCCUGCCCUAUAUGCAAGAAAGAGAUUCAGUUGGUUAUUAAGGUUUUCAUAGCGUAGCUGACUCAGUGAAUUGGAGAGAAAUAUUAACAGGGCAGGUGUGUAUCAAAAUGUCAGUAUUGAACAUCUCUACUCAUCAUAACCCUCUGUAUCUGUUUAUUUAUUUAUGUAAACAUCUCUGUGUCACAUUUUUGCUUCUACCUGUAGAGGGAAUUUGACAGUGAGUUCUUUAGAACUAGAUUAUCAAUUUGGGGGAUGGACUCCAUUAACAUGAAAAGAUACGUUAACCACUUCAUUCUCUCUCUAAAGAUGAGGAUCUGGGAGAAGCCAGUACAAACAAAAGUACUUUAAUUCAUUCACUUACUGAGUUACUUGAAGAUUUACUCUUCCUUCAGUUAAUUUUAUUCCCUAGCCUUUUUUUUUUUCUCUUAGGGAAUGGUUUUAGGCACCCAGAUCUAAUACUUAGAAAAGUAUUAGAGCUAACAGUGGGGAAAAAAAAAAAAACCCAAACAAGUAAUUUGAUUAGUCCGGUUGUGAAAUGCUGUAAAUCGCUUUAUGGUUGCGAUCGGUCCACGCAGUUUGGAUGAGCCCAAAGAAAAGUCUUGAAAAACGA